AUGCUUUUCCUCCCAGCUGCUGCUCUGUGCUGUCUGUGUUCAGCGCUGGUUGCCAUGGCAGCACAGCUGAUUCAGGAUGAUUUAACAUUGACCAGGAGAACUGGUCAAACAGUCUCCUUCAGCUGUCUGGGAACUGACCGGUGUAGCAGUUCAUUGCCAUAUGUAUGGUGGUACCAGAAGAAAGACAAAGAAACAUUCAAAGGGAUUCUUUAUAUUGAAAAGAGUAAUGGUAGAUUAAAUAAAGGUUACAAUCACCCUCAGAAAGAUGAUUUCUUAGCUGUAAUGAAACAGAACGUCUGUGAGUUGCAGAUCCAGACAGUUAAACCCUCACAUUCAGCCACCUACUACUGUAGCUGUUUUUGUACGAGGCUUUUUCACUGUGUCGACAGGAUCUUUGGCUCUGGCACUAAACUGUUUGUAGAUGAGCAGGUAGUGAAGCCCGUGGUGAGCGUGUACCCAGCAGCAUCCAGAGCCCAUCUGGAGGGGAAGAGCUCCCUGCUGUGUCUGGCCUCAGCCAUGUCUCCUUCUCUGGUCCAGUUCUCCUGGAAAAGACUGAAGAACGGCCAGCUGGAGGAUCUGCCCCCUGCUGAGUUUGAGCAGCUGGAGCUCAGAGAGCCGGGACGCAGCGCCUCCAUCCUGCUGCUCCAUCAGCAGGAGAACAGCGCAUAUAUAUACCGAUGCUACGUCAAGCACGAGGGGGGCCCAAUGGAGGCCCAAACAGAGUUUUCUACUUUUAUUCUACCAAAACCAACUCCGACAGCUCCACCAACUCUAACAUCUCCACCAGCAUCAACAUCUCCACCAGUUCUCCAAGCUCCUGUCCCAUCUCAGUACCAGGUGCUGCUGCUCUGUGUGCUGUACACAGUGCUGAUAGUGGAGAGUCUGGUGUACUGCUGUGGACUCUCUCUGCUGAUGAUCCUCAGAAACAAGGGACCGUCCACCAACUGCACACAUGCUGACUGACUAACUGUCCUCCAGCUUUAACUUCUCACUGCUGAUCCUGAGGAAUCUGAGGAGCUCAUUAGCUUUUUCUUUCAAAUCAGUGACAAUGAAUUUAACCUGUUAACAAGUAUUGACUGUAUAGACACAACAUGCUGACCAAAAGAAAUGUAAAACUAGAAAAGACAUUGUUGAG